ACUUUGGCCAAAAAUUCAACCUAGACAAACUUGCAAGCGGAAUGUUAAACAUAGACAUACAACUACCUGUUGCCAGUCAUACCAAGAUGGAAAACAAAAUACUAGCCCUACUAUAUUCACAAAUAUGGAUUCCAAGAUCAGCAAUAACUAACAUAUCUGAA